UCGAGGUCGGGGCUGCGAUUCGAACGUCAAGUAACAACUAAUUUAGCCCUCGCCGUGAACGGACGUGAUCAGACGUGCGCGGAAGACCGAAGAACAAGCAAGAAGCGAAGACGAGUCUCAGAGAAAUCUCAGAGUCUGAAACAAAAUCAGUGUCAUCCCAAAAAUCUAAAAAAACCAAAAACAAUAAACCGAGUCCAAGUACAAGUACAAGUGAAGUGAAGACAAGUGCUUUUCGUGUAAAUGGCAUUGGAGGAUCGCUGCAGUCCACAGUCAGCGCCCAGUCCGCCCGUUGUCAGCUCCAUUCCCGUUACGAUCUCCGCCCUCGACAUGAGCCACAUCCACCAGCAGCAGCAGCAGAUGCAGCACCUCCACCAGCUGCAGCAACUGCAGCAGCUUCAUCAGCAGCAGCUAGCCGCCGGCGUGUUCCACCAUCCGGCGGUGGCCUUCGAUACAGCAGCAGCAGCAGCUGCAGCAGCCGCCGCCGCCGCUGCAGCCGCCCAUGCCCAUGCCGCUGCACUGCAGCAACGUUUAAGCGGAAGCGGUUCACCCGCUUCCUGCUCCACGCCGGCAUCCUCCACCCCGCUGACCAUCAAGGAGGAGGAGAACGAUUCGGUGAUGGGCGACGGCAGUUUCCACAACCAAACGCACACCACCAACGACGAGGAGGAUGUCGAGGAGGAGGACGACAUCGACGUGGACGUGGACGACACCUCCUCCGCCGGCCGUCUGCCCCCGCCUGCCCACCAGCAACAGUCGACGGCCAAGCCCUCGCUGGCCUUCUCCAUUUCCAACAUCCUCUCGGAUCGCUUCGGCGACGCCCAGAAGCAGGGCAAGCAGCCCGACAACCAGGCCAGCAUCUUCCGGCCCUUCGAGGCGGCCAACCGCUCCCAGGCGGCCACACCCUCCGCCUUUACGCGGGUGGAUCUCCUGGAGUUUAGUCGCCAGCAGCAGGCCGCCGCCGCAGCCGCCACUGCGGCCAUGAUGAUUGAGCGGGCCAACUUCCUCAACUGCUUCAAUCCGGUGGCCUAUCCCAGGAUACACGAGGAGCUCGUCCAGAGCCGCCUGCGCCGGAGUGCCGCCAAUGCGGUGAUUCCGCCGCCGACCAAGAUGAGCGAGCCCAACCCGGAGAAGUCGGCUCUGGGCAGCCUGUGCAAGGCGGUCUCCCAGAUCGGUCAGCCGGCCGUUCCCACGAUGACCCAGCCACCGUUGAGCAGUGCCAGCAGCCUGGCCAGCCCGCCGCCCGCCUCCAACGCCUCCACCAUCAGCAGUUCCAGUUCCUCCACAGCUACCAGUUCAAGUUCCUCAUCCUCCGGCUGCUCCUCGGCCUCCAGUUCGCUCAACUCCUCGCCCAGCAGUCGCCUGGGUGUGGGAGUGGGAAUGGGAGCCACCUCCGCUGUGGCCAAUGCCAGCAGUCCACAGCCCCAGCCGAUUCCACCGCCCUCCGCCGUUAGUCGGGACUCUGGUAUGGAGUCCUCGGAUGAUACACGCUCGGAGACGGGAUCCACAACCACCGAAGGUGGCAAGAACGAGAUGUGGCCCGCCUGGGUCUACUGCACCCGCUACAGCGAUCGUCCCAGCUCAGGACCUCGCUACCGCCGCCCCAAACAGCCAAAGGACAAGACCAACGACGAGAAGCGACCACGCACCGCCUUCUCCAGCGAACAAUUGGCCCGCCUCAAGCGGGAGUUCAACGAGAAUCGCUAUCUGACCGAGCGCCGACGCCAGCAACUGAGCUCCGAAUUGGGCCUGAAUGAGGCCCAGAUCAAGAUCUGGUUCCAGAAUAAGCGGGCCAAGAUCAAGAAGUCCACCGGCUCCAAGAAUCCAUUGGCCCUCCAGCUGAUGGCCCAAGGACUCUACAAUCACACCACCGUUCCGCUGACCAAAGAGGAGGAGGAGCUCGAGAUGCGCAUGAACGGCCAGAUCCCCUAAAGAAAUUAAUCUUAUUAUAGGGAGAAUAAAAAGUAUCUCCUCCUCGUACUUAAACGGGGGCGUGCAAUAAUCGAGAGGUCAGAGGUCAGAGGCGUACAAAAUGGUUUUUCAUGUGAUAUAAUUGUAGUGCAUACACUCGUGUUUGUCUGUAUGUAUUUUGUAAAUAUGUAUGUAUGUAACCCCUAGCUAUCCGUAAGAUACAUGUAUCCGUAGCGAAUUCGAGCUGUAAGUUGUUGGCUUUUAAUCAUAUAUAUAUUUAUUCAACCACACCCCCCAUGGAUAGCCGAAAGAAAGUAUUAUGCUAUUUUUUAUUAUUCUCCAAAAAAAAAACGAACAACGCUUGUCGCUGCAAAUUGUCUCCAAAAUAGCUUCAACUUUCAGACCUAAAAUUCCUACAACAACAAAGUAUCUAGUAUUUAAUGUUUCAAAAAAAAUCUCUGCUAAUUACAAACUUUGUAAAUUAGCUUAAUUCGUAGUUUAAGUCUUUAAGGAUUGCUAUGAACGAGUAUUUUAGUCCUUAAGCGAAAUGUUAACAAAGCCACUACUAGCUGAUGAAUGCACUUGAAAAAAAAAAUUAAAACCGAAAUCCAUGUGCUAAAGCAAAGUUAAAAAAAAAAGCAAACAAAAAAAAUAUGCAAAAAAAAAAAAAUAUAAAAAAAAGAAAUAAAACAAUUGUGAAAAAAUGAAUAUAAAAUGAAAAUGUGGUUUUAUUUUUAGGCCACCCAGAUCCUUCUUACUUCAAAGGCCUGAGAACUUUAAAUCAUGUAUCUUGUCACCAGGCGAGGGUGCUGCAACCGCUAAUUGCACAAUCAGAAUGAGUAUAAGAAUGAGAAUCUGAUUCUAAAUGAGUGACGGCAACAACUAUGGGUCUUCGAUUCCUUUCCGUUUAAUUAAAAGCAAAUCUUGUGCACACACUAUGUGCUAUGUGCUAUGUGCGAUUUAUAAACAAAUAUCUGUGACGGAGACUGCACAGGGAGCAGUCAGAAGUCAGCAGUCAGAGUGGCGGCAUCAAAUGAUUUAUUGGCACAGAUCUGGCGGCGAGCGGCGUUAAUUUGCUGAAAAUAAAUGCAAAAUGCAUAGAUGGGGGGCCACAUCUGACAUUUACUGGCAAGCGUUGAUGUGUUUGAUCAGCAACUGCCUCAACUGCCUCACUGCCUACAUUCCUUCGUAUUAAAACGAAUAUGAAUUGAUGCCAAAUCGCUA